GACAAUACUCCACUAUUUCUCGUCUGUCGCGGCUAUGGCCUCAGGCCACAAUUUGCUCGGCUACGGGUCCAGCCGCCGAAACCGAAAGCUCAAUCGGAGGAAAAAGGCUCGUUUUGAUAGCUUCACAUCGAACCUCCGAAUACCGCCCGCCAUCUAGACCCCUUCAAUUUCCCCCCUGCAACCCACAUCACAACCGUCAAGAUGACCUGGCUCGGAGCUCGCGCACUCAAGAAGUACCCCACGCCCGUCCUUAAGCCGAUGGCGCCUUUCUUCGCUGCCGGUCUGGUCAUUGCCUACGGCAUCAACUCUGCCCAGAACGCCAUGAUGAAGUCCGACGAGUGGAAGAACGAUGCCCGCAACCCUCUCGCCAAGAAGCAUUAAGUUCGCAAUGGAGUAGCUCAGGCUGUACGGGGAGAAAGCCGAGCAAUGGGAAACGUGUCGAGGAUAUAGACCCGCCAACGCGUUUUCUUCAUGGACGCUGUAUCAUAGACGCACGGCUCGCAUGCAAUUGAGCUGUUGUACUAAUGUACCGAUGCCACACGU